CCAGUCGCAGCCCAGCAUGUAGGAGAAUGCAGACAGGAGGGGUGGAGUUCACAGCUUUUACUUUUCAAACGCUGCUCUGCCAGAGGAGCUCAUUCUUUGCCUGGAGAAGAGCGGAGUUGGCGCUGAUGCGUCCUGGCAUGUGAUCCCACUUCAGUCAAAUCAAUCGUGUCGCCGCUGCAGUUUUCCUAUUAAACUUUCCAUGCUGUUGCCCGUCCAAUGGACAGCACUUAGGAGGUUUGUCUGGACCGUAUCCGCUGCUGCUCGCUCGCCCGCUGCGCUCCGGCUCUCCACCGUCGGCUCUCCAGGUUCGGAGGGACUCACGCGGCCCGGGGAGCUGGCCUGCGUCUCCUGCACACAUGGAGGGAGACGUUAUGGACAAGUUGGAGGCCACGGCCACGGUCUGUGACUUCGACCCCAUCAGCGGGAGCAUCCCGGCCACCAAAGUGGAGAUCACCGUGUCCUGCAGGAAUCUCUUGGACAGAGACACUUUCUCCAAAUCCGACCCAUUGGUUGUGUUGUACACGCAGGGUGUGGAGUCCAAACAGUGGAGAGAGUUUGGGAGAACAGAGGUGAUAGACAACACGCUAAACCCAGACUUUGUCAGGAAGUACAUCCUGGACUACUUCUUUGAGGAGAAGCAGAACCUGCGCUUUGACGUGUAUGAUAUUGAUUCUAAAAGUCCAGAUCUGGCAAAGCAUCCAACCGACUUUAACGACUUCCUGGGACAGGUCUACUGUACACUGGGAGAGAUUGUGGGCUCACCUGCCAGCCGCCUGGAGAAACCUCUGGGUGGCAUACCUGGGAAGAAAUGUGGAACCAUUGUCUUGUCUGCUGAGGAGCUGGGAAACUGCAGAGAUUACGCCACCAUGCAAUUCUGUGCCAACAAACUGGAUAAAAAGGACUUCUUUGGAAAGUCUGACCCAUUCAUGGUCUUCUACAGAAGCAAUGAGGAUGGCACGUUCACCAUCUGCCACAAGACUGAAGUGGUGAAGAACACGCUGAACCCUGUGUGGCAGCCCUUCUCCAUCCCUGUCAGAGCACUCUGCAAUGGAGACUAUGACAGGACAAUCAAAGUGGAGGUGUAUGACUGGGACAGAGAUGGGAGCCACGAUUUUAUUGGUGAAUUCACCACCAGCUACAAAGAGCUAUGUCGAGGUCAGAGCCAGCUAAAUGUCUACGAGGUGGUGAAUGCCAAGAAGAAAAUAAAGAAAAAGAGAUACAUCAACUCUGGGACGGUGUCUUUGUUGUCGUUCAAUGUGGAGUCGGAGCACACCUUCCUUGAUUACAUCAAAGGGGGGACUCAGAUUCACUUCACAGUGGCCAUUGAUUUCACUGCAUCAAAUGGAAAUCCAUCCCAGUCCACCUCACUGCACUACAUGAACCCGUACCAGAUGAAUGCCUAUGCCAUGGCCCUGAAGGCCGUGGGAGAGAUCAUCCAGGACUACGACAGUGAUAAGAUGUUCCCUGCCCUGGGAUUCGGUGCUAAGCUCCCCCCUGAUGGGAGGGUCUCCCAUGAGUUCCCUCUGAAUGGAAACAUUGAGAACCCGUACUGCAACGGCAUGGAGGGGAUUCUCGAAGCUUACCAUCAAAGCCUUAAGACGGUUCAGCUGUAUGGACCAACCAACUUCGCUCCUGUUGUUAAUCAUGUGGCAAGCUAUGCGGCAGCAGUGCAGGACGGAUCCCAGUACUUUGUCCUGCUCAUCAUCACAGAUGGCGUCAUAUCAGACAUGGCUCAGACGAAGGAGGCCAUAGUGAACGCAGCUAAACUCCCCAUGUCUAUCAUCAUUGUUGGAGUUGGCCAAGCUGAGUUUGAUGCCAUGGUUGAGCUGGAUGGUGAUGACAUCAGGAUUUCCUCGCGGGGGAAGUUAGCAGAGAGAGACAUUGUACAGUUUGUCCCGUUCAGAGACUACAUGGACCGCACAGGCAACCAUGUGCUGAGCAUGGCGCGGCUGGCUAAAGACGUGCUGGCCGAGAUCCCUGACCAGCUGAUCUCGUACAUGAAGAGCAGAGCCAUUAAACCGAACCCCGUACCACCGGCUUACUCGACCUCUGACCACCCCCAGACCAACCCCGUCUGAGCCCCACUCACAGCUCCACACUGGGGUGGAGCCAGGUCGGGACUGUUAGGAACCCGCCUCCACAACCGUCCUUUGGGAAAAUGGAAAUGCAUUCGAGGCCCUUUCGCAAAUAUUAGUCUAAAUGAAUAGACUCCAUUUCGCUUUGGAGAAAUAAGACUGCUUUGGGGGAACCUGCUGAGGAUCAGGGAGUGUUUGAGGAAGAGAGCUCUGAGAGCGGUCCGGUGUAAAAGGAAGGUUUUAGUUGUUUGCUGUCAAACCUGUCAAAGUGGUGAUGUAAUGGAUAGCAAGUAAACCCGUAGAGAGAGCCUGUUUGAAGGCAUAAAUAUAUUAGAAUGUGCCAGUGUGUAUCAUGUUUGUGAUACCUUUUGGAAUCGAUGUGUGUUAAACUAAGAAAUCAUGUGUAUACUAAUUUAUUUAUUUAUUUACUUAUUGCAGAAAUAAUUUAUUGCUUUGAGGGGGUUUUAAAGGUGGGGAUUAAAGUCAUAUUUCCCCUGUAGUUUUCCAUCUUAUAUUUUGUGACCAGUGUAAUAAAAAAAAAAUCCCCAUUUCUACUUUGAUAAGGACUGUAAUAUAAAAGCAUGUGAUGAAACCUAUUAAGCAGUUUAUUAACCAUUUUCACUGAUGGAUAAUUUUUGAUUGCAAGCUAUUAUGUAGAGGACCUGCUGUGAGCUGUUGCCAUACUGAUUUUCCAGCACCAUGUCUUGUACGUAUUUCUAAUAUUUAUAUUAACAGAAUGCACUAAUUACUGUCCAAAUAAAAAGCACAAAGGUUAUAAUGUUAAUAAGCUGAAAACCAUUAAGAACCAACACCUACCACAAUGAAAAUAAUGGAAAGGACCCCUCAAGCAUGGCUUUAACAUUGUCUUCCACCAUCAUUUUAAAGAACAUGACAAAAGGAAGAAUGUUUAUAAGAAAAUUACUAUACUGAUAUAUUAAAAUUAACUUAUAUUUAUCGUAAAAACAGAGAUGUUUACAGAACAAUAGAGGAAUAAUUCAAAGCACACACUUGCUUUCUUUGUUAUUAUGCAGAGCAGUAAAAUGUACAGCUUAAGUCCUGCUGCCAUAUGUCAUUUGUCAUCUCGCUGUUUGUGUUUCUUUCCAUUAUAUUUGUUGUGGUUACAGUUUAUUGUCUGGGAUUUUGCUCGGUACUUUUAAAGGACCCUACAAAUAAACAUCUAAAAGACUCAUGUCAGCUAAUACCCAUUACCCUCCCCCCCUCCCCCUUAAAUUGAUUUGUUUCCCCAGAAAGAAAACUGAACAACCACAAAUCAGCAACAAGAAUAUAAGAUAAUCAGAUGUUGAAUUAUGAUUUUUUUAAUUAUCUAAAGUAAACAAAAACUAAUUGCACAAAAAAAAACUGUUACAAGACCAUCUUUUCUGAUUCAUUCAGUGUCUUGUGUAAUGCAUUUUGUUUACUGUGUUUUACUCUUUCAAUUUAACUGAGUGUUCCCAGAAACUACUACUAAACUAAUGCACAACAACCCAUUUUCUAACACAACAUAUAACAUUUUAAUACCUAAGAUUAAUUUUCACAAUCUUGUUUUGCGAUUUAAUUCAAUCCAGUUGUGGAUAUAUUCACAUUUGUUCACUGCGUUCCUUUUCAGUGACUGUGUACACAUUUUGUCAAGCCAGUUACAGCCAUUGUGACCAAGUGGUGUACAUCCUAAUUUAUCUAUUUAUAAUGGCCAUCAUUACCAUAAGUAUCUCUCAGUCACUCUCAAUAUCUCGAUCCAAAUGUGCCUAUUAUAUGGAAACAUAUCCAAAUUCACUUACCCAGGUGUUAUUCUGCCAGCAGCAGCAGGUCUCAUGUUUCAGAUGUACACACAGAAAAUGUUAGUGACAAUAAAACUGUUGCAAGAUUAGGACUAUUCCAGCUGCAGUGGCUGAUACACGCUGUCUCAACCAGUGUUCAGUACUUUUUCUACUUACAGCUCUUCACUAACGAUCUUCAAGUAAUGAAAGUUGACAGUGUCGCUGAGCCUUGUUGUACAAUACUCAAAGUCAAGACUUGUUUACAAUUCAACUGUGGCUAUUUACAUUGCCUCAAGGAAAAAGUAAACAUUCAUGGGUUUUCAUUAAGAACUGAGUUUAUCUUUGAUCCGUUGUGUUUGUGGAUUAUUCAGUCUUAGAGUUUCAUCGAAUGACACUGGAGAACUAACGUUUACAAAGAUUUGUUGUGUUGUUCUCUGAGAAUGUGAAGCUCUGAUCUCUCACUGUUGUUAUAUUUUGUUUUGUGUUGAUUCACGUUGCUUUGCGGUCUUCGUUAGCCAUUUAAUGUUCUUUGACUCCCACUGCUUUAGUGCUCUCAGAGAGAAGAUAGAGUCUGGUGAUGCUGCAGAAACUCAGUCCAGAGGCAGUGAACUCCUUCUGUCACAGGCCCAGAUCCAUAUUUGGCUUUUUCUUUUCUUAUUUUAAUUUUUCAUUAGUGAUGACAUUUCUCCCUCAGAAGACAAAGCAGCAUUUAAUCUGCUGCCAAAUUCACUUGUUCAUCAGAAAUUAAAUGAGGCCAUUAAGUUUAGUUACGUAACACACAUAAAUAACAGAAUACCUCUACAGACAGCCAUUCAAGCCAAAAGGAAAUAAUAUCAUAUAUUAUACAUUGAAUAGAUUUAUUGUAAAGUAUAGAAGUAUUAUGAAUUACUAACUCAGAUAGCUUAUAUAUUUACUUUAACUUAUUUGAAAUCUGCUUCACAAGGUUAUCAUUACUCACAGAUAAUUAAUUAGGAAAAGAACGUCAUUUGGCAGGCAUGUUAAGUCCGCAUCAGCAUUCAGCUCAUGUACUGAGUGUGAUACCGAAUGUCUGCGAGAUGAAAUUAAAGCGUGAAGUGGAGUUGGGGCCGUAUGUUUGCACUUUUCAAACAUAUUUUAUGUAAUCAAUACUAAUCAAAAUCAGUUAAAGUAGGCUGCUCUUCUAAGAUUAUAACAAGCUAUACUCUUUUUCUCCUUUUUUUCCCUGAGGUUGAUUCUUCCACAGGGAAAUUAAAAAAAAAAUCCUAAUCAAUAAAUAUUAAAUGAGCACAGUAAUGACACUUAUGCAAUUGUAAAACAGUAGAUUAUUAUUAAACAUAUUUUGCAGUCUAAAAGAUGUCUUUCCAAUAAUACAAUUAUUUAUUUUCUCUCUCAGUGGAAAUGGCUUUGAUUUUCCUUCAUUUUGAAUUUUCUUUGAGGCUGAACUCUAAUUAUGUACAUAAGCCCCAUAUAAAGAGUAUUUAGUGCCAAAAUGUGUUCAGUUGUUGAACUUGGCCUCUUUAGACAAUGUGCAUGUUUGUGCCAAAAUGGCAGGAAGUUUGGUAGUCUGCCUUCAUUUCACCUGAUUAGUGCAUCUGCCAUGUGCUUCAUUGGUUAUUUCGGAUGUUAUUUAGAGAUAACGGCCACCUCUAGCAUGUUGAAUCUCUGGUUUCUUUCCAUUCUGUUCCUAUGAGACACAUACUGUAUGGGUUCUUGCCACUACUCCUGUUUUAUCCCAGGUUGUUUACAUACCUCUCUUGGUCUCUGACUUGCAUGCUGAAUAAUUUCCAAACCAGGUGUUGGACAUGAUAUUGUCGUCAUACUGUGGUUUGUGAAAUGCUUUGUAAUGGAUUGCCUUAACUUAAGAUUAAUAAAAUAUUGACAACUUUGGCAGAAUGCAA